AUGGCUUCGUCAUCCUCAGGUCUCUCCGCUCCCGCUUCCGAGCAGUCGUCUCGAGCAUCCACCNCCGGCCCUGGCGCUGCCAUGGGCGAGAAGACGCCCGACGACAGCAGUNUCAUCGGUGUUUCUGACAUUGCCGCUGUUCGCUUCUCCUUGCCCGCCCAGCUGCUCGAGCCCAUCCCCAACCUCGCUGCGCAGNAGUACUGGCAUUACCUGGACAGACCCGACAUCUUUGCUAGCAUCGGCGACUCGGACGAUGAGCUUGGCCGUCUCCUCGCCUGCUUGCGCUUCUGGUUCACAAAGGACCUGAAGUACGUCAAGGGCAAGCCUUGCAAACCAUACAAUUCGACUCUUGGAGAGUUCUUUAGAACCGAGGACAAUGUGCCUGUUAUCCAAGGCAACAAGGUCAAGUCCGAUACUGCCGGCAAGCCUGUCAAGGUUUCCUAUCUUACCGAGCAAACCUCGCAUCAUCCUCCCGUCUCCGCCUACUACGUCGACUGUCCUCAANAAGGCAUUUCUGCAUGCGGUUUCGAUCAGAUCAGCGCAAAGUUCACCGGCACUAGCAUUCGUGUCACUCCUGGCGUUCACAAUGAAGGCAUCUACNGCAAUCUCAACGUCAGCGUCGCCGAUACUUGCUUUGUCACAUGCAAGAAGACAGGCAUCAAGGUCAUCCUUACUUACGUCGAAGAAGGAUGGCUGGGCAAGACCCAGAAUAAGGUCGAAGGUGUUGUCUACAAGUGUGACGUUGACAACGACAACAUCUCCAGGAUCAAGGACGUUCCAGAAAAGGCUAUCUUGGGCCGCAUCGAAGGUGCCUGGACCGACAAGGUCUACUUCACCAGAGGAUCUGGACCUGCUGCAAAGAACCCUGACAAGGUUCUUCUCAUUGAUGUCAACCCGCUGUUCCCCGUGCAGAAGCUUGUUCCUCCUCCCGAGCAACAGUUGCCCAACGAGUCGCGCAAGUUCUGGAACAAUGUCACCGAAGCCAUUCUCAACAAGCAAUAUUCAAGAGCCACGACAGAGAAACAGGAGCUUGAGGAGCGUCAACGUCAAAAAGCGGCUGAUAGGAAGGCCAGAAACGUUGAGUGGUCACCUCGCUUCUUCACUGGCGCCACCACUCCUGCUGGUAUCCCGGAGCUCACUGAAGAGGGCAAGAAGGUCCUCCUCGGUCUGCAGAACGGAGACUACCAUCUCGAAGAGAGCAAAGAGACCGGUGCAUGA